CUUCGUCACUUCUUGCCUGUUUCUCUCCAGCAUCCAUGGCUCCCCGAAGCUCCUCCAUUCUCCUCAUCGUCCUCCUCGUUUUGAGCUUCAAUGGCCUCUUCGUGGGAGCUCAGAUGGAGGACACCAGCUUAGAAACCAUGGCGGAAUGGCCAUCUGCCAUCUCCUCCUCUUCCUACCCUUUCGCCGGCGAGACGGACGAUGGUGAUUUCGAGGGCGAUGUGGAGAAGAGCAACAGAAGGGCUCUCUUUUGGUACCAUGUUCACUACUACAUCUCGUAUGGAGCCCUCUCGGCCAAUCGAGUCCCUUGCCCGCCUCGAUCCGGCCGAUCCUACUACACUCACAACUGCUACCGCGCCCGUGGCCCCGUCCAUCCUUAUACCCGCGGCUGCUCCGCCAUCACUCGCUGCCGAAGGUGAAUUUUUGUUGUUCUUGAUCUAAUGCCAAUGUGUGUAUGUUUCUCUCUCUUUUCUUUUUUGUUUGUAUUAAUGGUUUUGGAGAAAUGUGUGCUCUAUGUAGCUAGUUUUGGAUUGUACUCGCUAUCGUAUAUGAGUUUCUGUUAAAAAGAUCUCUUUUUUUGGUGGAUUAUAGUGUGAUUCUGAUGGAUUGAACUUUAUAUUUAUGUGCAAAUGAUAAGGUUUGGUUGUUGGGGGAUCUGAUGAA